AUGGAGGUAGUGGAGGAGUCCACUACUCAGCCCUUUCAUCAAAGAUCUGGUUUUGUUAAUGAAAUGGUGGAAGGGAUUACACUUUUGAGAUCUAGAUGGGGAAAAAACUUUGAACACUUGAAGAUUUGGCUUGAUGACAUAAAGUUAGCCACAAGUAAUUUUUCAGACAAAUACAAACUUGGAUCUAAUGGAUACUAUACUUGGUACAAGGUAGAUCUCAGCCAUUUUGAUAAAGAAAAACUUACUUCCGUAAAAGGGGAAAGUAGUAGUGAACUACCUAAGAGACACAACGAAGUAUAUAUAAAACGCUUUUUUCCUAAAGAUGAUGAGCACGAUGAAGAUUUAUUUUUUACAGAACUUGAAGUGCUUACUAGUGUUGAGCAUGACAACAUAGUCACUCUAAUAGGCUUUUGUGUUGAAGGUUUUGAGAUGAUACUUGUCACCGAGAAAUGUUCUAAUGUACUCCAAGAUUAUUUGGGUAAUGUUAGAAUCAUGCGUACUUUGACUUGGGAAAAACGUUUGAAAAUUUGCAUUGAUCUUGCACAUGCAUUGAGUUACCUUCAUUCUGAGAUGGAAGAGAAAAAAAUGAUAAUACAUGGUAAUAUAAAUUACGCUAGAUUUGGGUGGGACGAGAAUUUGGUGGCAAAGAUUGAUGACUUUGAGUUCGCAGUAUUCCUUCCUCAAAAUCAAAACGACGAAGUUCUGUGCAAAAGAACAGAUUUUGUGUCAAAGUACCAUGUGGAUCCAGAGUAUAAAAAGACUGGAAAGCUAAAAAGAGAGUCAGAUGUGUAUAGUUUUGGAGUUGUUUUGUUUGAAAUUCUAUGUGGAAGGUUUGCUUUCGACCAAAGUUACCUUAACGAGAGUGAGAAAGGGCUUGUUCAUGUGGCAAGACAAAACUUCUGUAAUGGAACAAUAGAAGAGAUUAUAGAUCCUAUACUAAAGGAAGAAACCAAUAUAAAGAGUUAUAAUCCAAAUAGAGGAGCCAACAAGGAUUCUUUACAUACAUUUAUAAAAGUUGCAAACCAGUGUGUGGCAGAGACUCAAGACCAUCGCCCAGCAAUGAAAGUUGUUCUCGACGAACUUAAGAAAGCAUUGAUCUUUCAGGAAAAGCGAGUACAACACACGGAUAAUGACCUAGUUGUCGACCAACUUGAGAUAACACCUCCAGAACUACUUCCUGAAAAGCGAGUACAAAACACCGAUAAUGACCAAGUUGUCGACCAACUUGAGAUAGCACCUCCAGAACUACUUCCUAACAACAACAAGGAUAACCCCAAAAUGUCACUUGAAGACAUAAAACGGGCGACACAAAACUUUCACGAUGACAAUUUCAUCGGUGGGGGAGGAUUUGGUAAAGUCUACAAAGGAAACCUUCAAGAUGGAGAUGGAAUUAAAACCAUCGUUGCAAAGCGAUUGGAUACAAGGUUUGGUCAAGGAGAACAACAAUUCUUUAGUGAGCUCCAAAUUCUUUUGGAGUAUAAUCAUGAGAAUGUCAUUCGUCUUGUAGGCUACUGUGAUGAAACUGAUGAAAAAGUCCUUAUCUAUGAGUAUUUGUCCAAGGGAAGUCUUGAUAGGUAUUUGAAUGAUACUUCUCUUACAUGGGUGAAACGACUUAAUAUAUGCAUUGAUGUUGCAAGAGCGUUGGAUUUCCUACAUGGAGGAGUAGGAAAACAAGUAAAGGUGAUACAUAGGGACAUCAAAACUGAAAACAUCCUGUUAAAGAAUGAUUGGAAAGCAAAACUGGCUGAUUUUGGGCUUUCGCUAAUAUGUUCAAUAAAUCAGGAAACAGACUAUAUCAUCGAUCAUGCGUGUGGCACAAGAGGAUACGUGGACCCACUUUAUAGACAAUCGGGAUUCCUUACCAUAGAAUCCGAUAUUUACUCGUUUGGUGUUGUUUUAUUUGAGAUUUUGUGCGGGAGAUCAACGUUUGCAAUCCACAAACAUGAGGGUCACUAUCUACCGGAUUUCAUUAAAAACAAAUUUGAAGAAGGAAAGCAUGCUGAGGUGGUGUUCGAACAAAUCAAGGAACAAAUCGUGCCGCAAUCGUUGGCUACAUUUCAAGAGAUUGCCUACCAAUGCCUACAUCUUGAUAGAGAAAAACGACCAACAACAAAAAAAGUUUUAAUGCAACUUAAGAAAGCAUUGGUAUUUCAAAACAUGGCAUCAACAAUGAACCAGUUUGCUCACUUACAAAUCCCACUUGAAGAUGUGGCGAAGGCCACCAACAACUUUCAUCAUGAUAACAUCAUCGAACAUGGUGGAGUUGGUAUCGCAUAUAAAGGACGACUCUUGUGGUCUGGGAGGUUGAUGGAGAUCACUGCACGGAGGUUUGAUUGUAAGCAUGGGGAUGGAGACCUCGAGUUCUUGGCAGAAAUUUCAGCACUUUCUGUUCUCAAGCAUAAAAAUCUAGUCUCUAUUAUUGGGUUUUGUGAUGAGAUAGAUGAAAAGAUCAUUGUAACCACGUAUGAGGCCAAUGGAAGUCUAGGGCAGUAUUUGAACAGCCUGAACCUCACAUGGAAGCAAAGAUUGAGGAUAUGUCUAGGUGUGGCUCGCGCGUUGAGUUACUUACAUUAUGACAAGGGACGUGAUUAUGCUAUUCUACAUUGUAACAUCAAUAGCAACACUAUUUUGUUGGACGAUAAUUGGGAAACCAAGUUAUCCGGUUUUGAAUUUUCCAUCAAACAAUCAGUAAACGAUAAGGAUCAAGUGUGCCCUUGUGAACACACUGGCACAUUGGGGUGUGUGGACCCAGCAAUUGAAAAGACGGGAGGUGUGACCCACAAGUCAGACAUCUACUCAUUCGGAGUUGUUUUAUUCGAAAUAUUAUGCGAGAGGAAAGCGUUAAUUCAUAACGAGGUUGAUAAGUCUCUAGCUCUGUUGGCCAAGCAUUAUUAUGAAAAGGGAACAUUGCAUGAUAUAAUCCAUCCUCCUCUAUUAAAUCAAAUAUUGUCUCCGCAAUCACUCCUCAUAUACUCAAAGGUAGCAUAUUCUUGCUUAAAUGAUGAUCGAGCACACCGCCCAGAUAUGCACCAUAUUAUGGCUAAACUUGAGAAAGCACUGGAACUUCAAUUGCGUGGUGAAAAUAUUGAAAACAAGUUGGGACAGUUGAAGAUUCAUCUCAAUAAUAUUAAAUCAGCAACAAAUAAUUUUUCAGAGGCAUACACAAUUUCAUCUUGGCCUUACGAUUAUACUUUGUACAGAGCGGAACUCCACUAUUUUGAUAAAGAACAUCUGAAGGGACAGAGCACUGUAGUUUUAAAAAGGUACCCUUCUGGACAUGACGUGUAUGGAGAAGAAGAGUUUUUUACAGAAAUUGAAAUACUUACCUGUGUUAAGCAUCCCAACAUUGUAAAUCUACUUGGAUUUUGUGUUGAGGAUUCUGAGAUGGUCCUUGUUACUGAGAAUAUCUCCAAUGGAUAUCUUAUUGAUUAUUUGGGUAACGUCAACCACAUGUGCAUUUUAACUUGGGUAAAACGUUUGAAAAUUUGCAUUGAUGUUGCACAUGCAUUGAAUUACCUUCACUAUCAGAUGGAAGACCAAAAGAUAAUAAUAAACCGUCAUAUAAGUAGCUACAGCAUUGGGUUGGAUGAGAACUGGGGGGCAAAGAUUGUUGACUUUUGGUUCUCGAUAUUCCUGCCUCCAAAUCAAGAAGCUCUCUUUCGGAACGAUGUUAUUGGCAAAAAGUUCUACAUAGAUCCACAAUAUGGGAUCACUGGUAAGUUAAAAAGAGAAUCGGAUGUUUAUAGUUUUGGAGUUGUAUUGUUUGAAAUUCUAUGUGGGAGGAAAGCCUUUGACCCAAUUUACAUGACGGAGAAUGUGAGAGGGUUGGGCCCUGUGGCAAGACAAAGCUUCCGCAUGGGAACACUAGAGGGCAUGAUUGAUCCUAUAUUAAAGGAAGAAACUGGUGAAAACAAUUUUGUUCUAAAUAAAGGACCCAACAAGGAUUCUUUGCACACAUUUAUGAAAAUUGCAUAUCAGUGUGUGGCAGAAACUCAAGACCAACGUCCGACAAUGAAAGUUGUUGUCAAGGAACUGGAGAAAGCACUAUCAUUUCAAUUGAAUUCAGAGGUAAAAUCUGAUUAUGCGGAGGAGAAGAGUCAUGCUUCUGUAAUUGAGACACAAGUAGUUGAGCUUACCAAUGAAUCGAAGAGUAUGAACAUGACUGACAAAUCUGAAAAUUUUGAAAUUCAUAACAAGGAAAAUAUGUUACAUGACCAGACAGAUGAGACGGAUGACCCAGCUGAACCUGAUUGUUGAAAGUCAGACUCUCAGGAAGGCUGCUACACGUUCCUGGCUAAAUAUGUUAGAAACAAGUGCACAGAUAUGAAAAGGAGGCUAAGUUGCAGGUUCUUUUGGUGGUUGUAUUAGGUGGGGUUGGCUGGACAGCAGUUCGCGUUGAAACUAGUCAUGUUUAUAUAGGUUAAGUUUAAACAAGUUGGGUGGAUUCUGUUGGACUUUUUUGCAUAUAAGUUAAUCUGUUUGUACAAGUGAAUGUCAUGUUGAU